CCCACAUCAUGUCGCCUACGCCUGUUCAACAGGAGGAACAUCCUAUCUAUCUUUAUUCAAAUUUCAAUUUUACAGAUGUCAAGCGUGAGCUUCAGGUCUUGAGUCCUCCACAGUUCCAAAUUCAGGAUCAUUCACAAUCCAUGUCUGGCAACCUACUCCCUCCAGGCCUCCGCUUCCCCACGGGCGCAAUCGCAGGACAGCAUUUGCUUCUUUCGGGAACUUAUCUCACUAAUACCCAGCAAUCUUUCAGCAUUUGGUCCCUCAAUCUUUCUAGCCUUGUUUGGACUCGCAUCGAUACAGGUUCUGUUUUCAGCUCCGGCUCCUGGAAUCGAGGACUAUUGCUUGAGUCAUCAAAUGCUUAUCUUGUCUUUGGAAACAGGGACAGAAAUCUUGCAGACGACUAUCAGAAUCGUCAGACUAAUUUUGAGCAUGUUUCGAUCGUGGAUCUGGAAGCAUUUGGAAUAUAUCAGCAUCCACCAACUACUAUGACCCAAACAGCACAAGAACUUGGCCUUGGUCUGUUGAAUGACCCUUCCAUGGCUGACUUUGAGAUUCUUACUAUUGAUGGACAGCGUAUCCCUGUGAAUUCUACUAUCCUAGCUGCUCGUUGGCCAUAUUUUGGCGCACUUUUACGGGAACAGGAAGAACUAGAUGCGGCAAAUUUAACUACAGAGAGCUCGCAGAGUAAUAAUGAAUGUGACCCUGGCAUGUUCUCAAAGAGAACUCUUUCAUUGCCUGAACCAUACACAGUGGUCUUAGCAUUCCUGCAAUACCUUUAUACUGACCACCUUGUCACAGCACAACAACACCAUUCUCAGGUCCUUUCACAGCUCUUACUACUUGCAGAUAUGUAUGGUCUUGAUCGUCUCCGAGACCUGGCAACACACGCUCUUCAUCAAAUGCUGAACAUGUCAACAGCAGCAAUGGUUUAUGAAACAGCGGCUCUCUCACAACAAACAGGACUUCAGAUUCGUUCAUUGAAAGUGAUGAUUGCAGCCAAGAAGAUGCUCCAACAGCAGCAACUGAAGCUACAGCAACAACAAGCACAGAGCCAAAGCAUUUCUGCGGAGCAUGCUUGGAGAUCUGGAGAGAUUCAGGACGACCAGUUCGCAUCACCUUAUGGGGCGAACGCGCCGUAUAUGUCACAGCAACAAAACAUUCACGGUCUCUUCCAGCCAACGCCACCACCCCCGCUGUCACCCAGCUCUGGUGGACCUGUCUCUCCUGAAUAUAAUCGUCUUUCCAUCAAUGGAUCACAGAGCACAGCCUUGCCUCAUCCCAUGGUCCGGAACAGAGGCUCUCUCACGGGGACCAUGCAGCCCCAGCAUUGGAAUACAGAGCCACUGACACCCCCACCAGUCUCGCCACCACCACCUGCAGCAGUUCCUCCAAAAUCUGCACCGGCGGCUAAACAAUCAUUUUUCUCUUUCCCUGGCUCCAAGAAUAAAGCAGCACAGCAAGCUACAUCGAGUAAUCUCACCAGUUCGGUAGCCAGCAUAAGAUCUAACCUUACAGGCACGACCGCUGUCAGUAAUGCCAGUAGUAAUGGAAGCUCGAAGAAGAUUCCGACAUUCGCCAAUAUGGGUAUUUCACCAUUGACAGCACAGUCUGAUGCUGCAAGCAUCCGUAGCGCCAAAUCCUCUGGGUCAGACAACAAUCCCGAGAAGAAGAAGCAAGAUGAACAACACAAGCGUGAAGUCAUGCAGAGACUUUUAGACGGAAGCUUUGGUACAUCAAUGGGAGGCAGCGGUUUCGGGCCUGGAGGAUUUUAAAAAGUUGAUUUGGAUUGUAAAAAAAAAAAAAAAAAACCUACCUUCUUACCACUGACGUCCCUUACUACUGUGCUGCACAUAUAUACUCUUUCUUUUAUCCACAGGGUUCCGGUCAGGUUAAGGACUUUAUGGCUCGUUCUUCCAUAAGGAAUGUACGCCUUUGAUCAUACUGCGGCUUUUUGUAUUUCAACGGUUCUACUUGG